UACAAGCAAAAGCCUGGUGCUCCACUGACCUGCCUGCAGCCUGGCUGCACUUUUAAAUGUUCAAAAAUCAAGAAUACUUAAAUAAGGUUUUGCAAAGAAGGGAAGACCCAAGUUAGAGCAGCAACUCCCAUCUCUGAUGCUAUCUUUUGUGAUUCACUCUCAGCCGCAACCUCAGGUAACACCUACACACCAGGGAUACAUCACAACAUUUUGUUGCAGGGGCCCUGCUUGCUCUGAACUAAUUGCCAGAGUUCUGCCACAUAUUAAACCCAAAAUGAAUUGAAAAGGCAUUAGGCUGGAUAUUAGUGAAAGGAAGGGGAGGCUUACGGUCCAGGGAGGAUGAAACAGAAGCUAAGAAUUCACAGCUAGCAGAGGCAAUGUAUGCAUAAUUCAUGCUUUUAUUACAAGAGACGUUAAUAUUUGUUCCUUUAAUUUACUGAGUUCAGCCUGUUCUACUGAGUUAAGUACAGGGCAUUGUACUGAAGGUCAAGUGAGAUGCUGGCAUUUGAUACCCUGGCAUUAAAACUUCUCUUCCACUAUUGUACCGAGGGUGGGUUUUUUGGAGCAUAUUGACCUGUGAGAAGUACCAAUUAAAGUCUGGGAAGUUAGCUUCCCCAUGGCCACACCCUGAUAUCUGUCUCUUGCAAUGACAAAGGGAGCUUCAAGGCUGACAUGAUAGCAAAGAUUGAAAGUCCUGAGUUUAGGGAGUGGGUUGGGAAGUCUGAUCUAGGCAGUGCUCAGCCUAUCUUCCUAUAUGCUUAAAAAGGUGUCAUCAUGCUCUGCAGUUUGUGUGGCCCCCAAUAGACAGCCAUGCCAACUGUAGCAUGAGCAAUAGCCAAAUGGCCCAAGCAAAUUGUUUAAUGAAGGGAAGGGGAAGCGCUGUGAAGCACCUUCCCCUUUCCAUUAAGCACACCUGCAGCGAAGUUUAAUGCAAGGGGGAGGCCCUUCCCACAGCUGUUUAGCAAACUGCUCUUAGAAGUGCUUCACCCUCUUUCAAAAUGGGGUGGUUGGGGUGAUAGACAAGGGGGUUGAGGAAGGAGGGGAGGGGUUUUGCGAGACAGGUGAGUGAGUGAGUGACUGGGUGCAAUGGACUGGUUGGAUGCAGAGGAAUUGUGGGAGGCACCAGUUGAGAAACCCCCAAGGGAAGAAGGCUCAGAACCCCCAAGGGAUUUGUAGUGGGGUGUUGGUAAGUGGUCAACAGGAGAAGAGGGAGAAGACUGGGAGGAGGAGGUGUUAGAAGCCAAAGAGGUAACAGGGUUUGGUGAGCAGGGAGAGUCUGUGGCAGAGUGAAGUCCAGAAUCAGAGGCAGAAGCUGAAGCAGGAGAACAGGAGGUCCAAAGGCAGGGAUGAGUCAGGCUGGUACAGAGUCAUGGGUAUCUCCCCCUCCUGCUGCAAAAAGAUCCCCUCCCCACUUGUCUCCCAAAACCAGAAGAGGCAUGAAAAGGGCGGAGGAGAGGUUGGCGGCAUGCAGGCUUGAUCUCUGAUUGCUUGAAAAAGGCCCUGGAGAGGAGAGGACUUAGGCAGCUGUGAGAUGGAAGGGACCUUUAGCAACUGCUUCAUGGGGACAAGACCUCUUGGUGAUGAUUGCUGUGCUCAUUAGACGCAACCCUCCUGUGUUGAUUGUGGUUUUGCUAAUAAAGAGUUAACUCCAACUUACAAGGUGUGAUUUACUGCUGGCUUCCUCUUGUGAGUGGGUGGGGAGUGAGGGAUAAAGGGAGGGUGUUUGGUUAGGUGUGGGAGAAGGGCAAAGGGAUAAACAUGAUUGAUGAGCAGAGCAAGCUGGGGUGGUGGCCUCUAGUACAAAAAAUAUUGAUAUGAGUUGUGAGUUGCAAGCAGAGCUGCAUUUGGGAUAGCAGUUGUGGGAUAAUGUGAGCUAGAGAAAAUAGUUGCUGUCUGUAAAACACAGCAAGCUGAAGGGAGGCCGAGCCAUGGCUAGUGUGUUUUUGCAUACAUUGGCUGCUAUGUUUAUGUGAGAAGCAAGACCCUCUUGGGGUGUGAAUGUUGUGAACUCCGCCAUCAUAGGCUCUGGUUGUUUAUACAUGUAUCGGUAAAUCAUAUAUAAUAAAGACACAAUCUCUGCUGUGCCUCAUUUCCAAAGGAAACAUGAACCCCUUAUAGGUGCAUGGACCCUUGGAAUCUCACACUACUCAGAGAUUGGUGUGGCAGAUAGCAAUGUACAAUUUUGUUCAGUGUGGUGUAGUGGUGAGUGUCCGACUAGGACCUGGGAAACCAGGGUUUGAAUCCCCACACAGUCAUGAAGCUCACUAGGUGACCUCUCUGCCUAACCUACCUCACAGGGUUGUUGUGGGGAUUAAAUGAGAAGCGGGAGAACCACAUGCACUACCUUGAGCUCCUUGGAGGGAAAAAUGCUGGGAUAUAAACACAAUGAAUGAAUAAAUAAUAAAUAAUAUACCACAAGGUGAAGAAUUGCUGUUCAGAAAGAUGAAUUUCAUAAGGUUCGAAUGUAGAUUGUGCACUAUGCAUGUGAACUUAGUCGACACGUGCGGAAUAUAUGCAUUUUCUAUAUUUCUUAAAAUGCACUCUUUGUGAAUUUUCUUAGUGCAGAAUAGGUGAUGGGAAGUGCUUUGUUGUUGUUUUUACAAAGAAAAAAACCCCUCAGCAAUCACCACCUUGAGUCUUAAUUCUCCUUCCAUCUUUCACAUGGACUGCAAGCAAUACAGAAGGCGACAGGAACAAACUGUGUGGGAGAUCACGAACAUUCAGCAUCCCGGUACCUGGUAUGUGAAGAGAGCGAGCUGUCACCCACAUAAAAUGCUCUGAAAGCUAUUUAGCGUGCUGGAUUUUGAACAGGGGAAACACUGCUGUGUGGGUUUCUCCCCCCCCCCCCCGUUAAUGGGAAAUGUUUCCAUUCCUGUUUUGUCUUCAAAAAGCUCUUUCAUUUAUCUUCUCCCCCUCCCGUCUUUUUACUCUUUCUCCAGUAAACGUGGCUGUUUCACUUUCACAGCCCUCACAAGAAUAUAUCUGGCAGGUCUGAACAGCAGCUCUGUAAUUGAGCCUUAAUAAACCCUCAUCAAUGUAUUUCAGUUCCCUUGGAGUUUUUACUACUUCAAUAGAUCCCCUUCUGCUCUGACGGCAUUGUCCUGCAACUUUCAGCUGGAGCUAAUAAUGACUUCUCUACCUGGCUUCCUCCUUCUUAAAUGCUGACCUUGAGUAUGAGUUGGAUGUUCUUUCAAAGAUCCCGUUGCCUCUUGCCCAUUGGUCCUCUCAAGCCACGGAGUCCUGCCUUCACGGUAUCCCGGAAGAACUCCGCUGUGGCUUCUACAAGCUUUCAUCCACUAUGGAAGGCCAAGUACCUUGGAGGCCCUGGUGCCAUGGGAUCCAGUUAUUGCCUUGGACCUUAUUUCCAAUGAAAAAGGGAUUAACACUGAGGGGCUCUUAAGGAGAGGGGGCAAUUACUGGCAUGAAUGAUGAGUGCCACUAAUGGGGCUGGGGUUCUUGUUGGCCUUACAACAGUGUCAGUCCCACUAGACUUUAGCCCACACAGUGGCCUGAUGUCCGGGCCACUGAGCCACAAUUUGACUCUGAAUCAGACUUCACCAACGUCCGAUCCUCUGAAUGUCUCUGAGGGGGCAGCAGCCCCUCGGAAGUCCAUCGGGGACAAGAACUGGCCUGCCCUCCUCAUCCUGAUCAUUAUCCUACUGACUAUUGGAGGGAACAUUCUGGUCAUCAUGGCAGUCUCCUUGGAGAAGAAGCUCCAAAAUGCCACCAACUACUUCCUGAUGUCCUUGGCAGUGGCAGACAUGUUGGUGGGCAUCCUUGUCAUGCCAGUUUCCCUCAUCACCAUUCUUUACGAUUAUGCUUGGCCCUUACCUAAACAAUUGUGUCCAAUCUGGAUUUCCUUAGAUGUCCUCUUUUCUACUGCCUCUAUCAUGCACCUCUGCGCCAUCUCUCUUGACCGCUAUGUUGCGAUCCGUAACCCCAUCGAGCACAGCCGGUUUAAUUCUCGCACCAAGGCAAUAAUGAAAAUUGCUGCUGUUUGGACCAUCUCUAUAGGGAUCUCGCUGCCCAUCCCAGUCAUCGGCCUGCAAGACGAUUCCCGGGUGUUUGUGAAUGGAAGCUGCGUCCUCAAUGAUGAGAACUUUGUCCUCAUUGGUUCCUUUGUGGCGUUCUUCAUCCCGCUCAUCAUCAUGGUGUUUGCCUACUGCCUGACCAUCCAAGUGCUGCAGAAGCAAGCAUCUGUGUUCCUGUACGGGGAGGCGCCCAAGCAGAGGAGGAGCAGCAUGAGCUGUCUGAAGAAGGAGAACAACACGGAGAACCUCUCCAUGCUCCAGAACCAUGAGGCCGCAUCCCACUUGAACUCUCCUGUCAACAAGGAAGGGGUGCUGUUCCGGAAAGGCACCAUGCAGUCCAUCAACAAUGAGCGGAGGGCUUCCAAGGUCCUGGGGAUUGUCUUCUUUCUGUUCCUCAUCAUGUGGUGCCCCUUUUUCAUCACCAACAUCAUGUCUGUCCUCUGCAAGGAAGCCUGUGAUGAGGCUCUGCUGGGGGAGCUCCUGGACGUCUUCGUUUGGGUGGGCUACAUCUGCUCUGGGGUCAACCCCCUGGUAUACACACUCUUCAACAAAAUCUACCGCAGGGCUUUCUCUAACUACAUCCGCUGCCGUUACAACAAUGGCAAAAAGUCAGCGCAGCGGCACAACCAGUGUCCAAAUGUCUCGACAACAGCUUUAUACGGGAAAGACCUCAAUUUGAACAGUUACCGCAAUGGGAAUGAACUCAACAGCAUGGAGAUGGACGAGACGGAGGAUGCUUUGGAAAUGCACGUAGGAACCUCAGAGCUCUCGAUAAACAACUGCAGUGGCAAGAAAACGAGUAGUGUGUAAGACUGUUCAAGGACACACCUAUGCUCUGGAUUUCGUUGUGGCUCAGCUACAGACAAUGUAUGUGUUAAUCAAAGAAUGAUGUAAAUAAUGCAUUCUGAACAAAGCAGUCUCUCCUUUUUUUAAAUUUGAACUUUCACAUUUGUAACUCAUUGCUUUCCAUCAUUCCUAAAACAGAAUCUGUACUUACUGUUAAAAGCAGAGGCGGCAGAGCCUCUAUAGGAACAGUGGGUACCAGACCCAAAGUGGCAUUUGUUAUUUUGCUUCUGAAAUGUUGAUUUUUCUCGCCUUGCUGCAUGAACAAAAGUGCUGACUAUUAAUCUCAGGUGGUAUUUUUUUGAGUCCUCAAUGGUCCAUUAUGAGUAGUCACAAAUCAAAUAAAGGGAUAUGGGCUUGGAUAGUUCAA